AGCCCGCCAGCAUUCUGCAUUUAACGCGAGGGCGAAGCGCACGCCCGUGUUUUUAACCGACUCCGACCGACGCGCCGCGCGCUGCGGCUAGUGCAACCGCCAUGUUUGACGUUUUCGGCUCCGUUAAGGGGCUUCUGAAGCUCGACUCAGUGUGUAUCGACAACAAUGUGUUCAGACUCCACUACAAAGCCACCGUGAUUAUCUUGAUUGCGUUCUCCUUGCUCGUUACCUCGAGGCAAUACAUCGGCGACCCCAUUGACUGCAUCGUCGAUGAAAUACCGCUCGCCGUGAUGGACACAUAUUGCUGGAUCUACUCAACAUUCACAAUUCCUAACCGGCUGAUUGGCCGCAUAGGACAUGACGUGGUGCAACCUGGAGUAGCUUCACACGUCGACGGCAAAGACGAAGUAAAAUAUCACAAAUACUACCAGUGGGUGUGUUUCGUGUUGUUCUUCCAAGCGAUCCUGUUUUAUGUGCCGCGUUACUUGUGGAAAUCAUGGGAGGGUGGCAGAAUAAAAAUGCUCGUGCUGGAUCUCAAUUGUCCUAUUGUGGGGGAAUCCUGUAAAAAGGACCGAAAGAAGUUGCUUGUUGAUUAUUUUCAUACAAAUUUACACACACAAAACUUUUAUGCAUUCCGUUUUUUCAUCUGUGAAGUGCUAAAUUUCAUCAACGUCGUGGGGCAGAUAUUCUUUAUGGAUUUCUUCCUAGACGGCGAAUUCUCAACUUACGGCAGUGACGUAGUCAAGUUUACUGAAAUGGAACCUGAAGAACGUGAAGAUCCUAUGGCUCGUGUGUUUCCCAAAGUAACCAAGUGCACCUUCCAUAAAUAUGGUCCUUCGGGAACCGUUCAGAAAUUCGACGGACUUUGUGUGCUGCCGUUGAAUAUUGUGAAUGAAAAGAUCUACGUAUUCCUAUGGUUCUGGUUUAUUAUCCUUUCUGUGUUAAGUGGAAUCUCUUUAUUGUACCGCAUGGCAGUGGUGGCGGGACCUCGCGUGCGCCUUUAUCUGUUGCGCGCACGCAGCCGUCUCGCUCCCCAAGAGCAAGUUGAAACUGUUGCCCGUAAACUACAAAUCGGUGACUGGUUCGUGUUGUAUCAGUUAGGAAAGAAUAUCGACCCACUAAUUUACAAAGAACUGAUGAGUGAAUUGGCUGAAAAGUUUGAAGGGAAGGACGCUGUGUAGUUGACGUCUUUGUGCUCAUUGGGAGAGAGUGAGGUGCUGUUAUGUGACCGGGCGGGGCGGACCGGGCGCACACAAAGAGCGCCGGGAGCGGCUGCACGCCGACAUUCCAUUACCGGGGAACGACCUCCGCUGGGUCACAGUCAUUGUAUUGCAGAACCGCUUUAAACUUUUAACGCUACUGUAUGACAUUUUAUAGUAGAUGAAAACUCUUCCAAAACGCAAUUAUUUCGACUGAUAUUAUGUUUGACGCGCAAGCAUUUAGAGAACGUUUUUGUGUUUGCAUAAAAUUGUCGUAGCGAGAUCUCGUGCCUUGGUUAUGUAUUUGUAUUAUUAUUAUACGUGUGCGAGUGGGGUGUUAGGGGACGUUCUCAUUGUGAUAUGUAAUUAUUAUUAAUCUAAAUUAAGUGUUUAUCGUGUACGAGAUUGAUUGUGUGGACUGCUGGCUUAAUCCUAAGUUUGAAUAGCUAAUGUGUACGUCUUUGUUAUCGAUACGGUAUUGUAUAAAGCAAUAAUGAACUAUUAAUUUUAAGAGAUCAAUUAUUCGAAUUCGACGGACAAUACUGUAGUUUUACUGAACGACACUAAAACUUUUUGUACUUGACGAUAUGAUACGAGUCAAUUUAUCACGGUUAAUA